ACGUUCUUGAGCUUCACUUAAGUGGAGGAACCGUGUAGAUCUCAGAGGAGCGUGGAUUCUCAUUCAAAUCUCUCUUUGUGCAUGGUGAAUUCCAUUUGUUAGCAUCUGUAGCUUCAGUCCUGCUCUGCCAAAUCUCCCAGCAUGUUUGUUAUCUAAGAUGAGAUCGCCAUGUCUGACGAGACCACGGACAGCUUCUGGGAGGUUGGGAAUUACAAGCGUACAGUAAAGCGAAUUGAGGAUGGUCAUCGGCUCUGCAAUGACAUGAUGAACUGCAUACAGGAGCGUGCCAAAAUAGAGAAGGCCUACGCACAGCAACUUACUGACUGGUCUAAGAGGUGGAGACAGCUGGUAGAGAGAGGGCCGCAGUACAACUCUCUGGAGAGAGCCUGGUUAGCUGUGACGACGGAGGCAGAAAAGGUAAGCGAGCUGCACCAGGAGGUGAAAAACAGCCUGCUGAACGAAGACUUGGAGAAAGUGAAGAACUGGCAGAAAGAUUCCUACCACAAACAGAUGAUGGGCGGCUUCAAGGAGACCAAAGAAGCGGAGGAGGGAUUCAGAAAAGCCCAGAAACCCUGGGCCAAAAAACUCAAAGAGUUGGAAACAGCAAAGAAAACAUACCAUAUGGCCUGCAAGGAAGAGAAAAUAGCAUCUAUAAGAGAAGCCAACAGUAAAGCAGAUGCAUCAGUGACAUCUGACCAACAGAAGAAGCUCCAGGAGAAGGUGGACAAAUGCAAAAACGACGUUCAGAAGGCCAAAGAAAAAUAUGAGAAGAGCCUGGAUGAGCUGAGUAAGUGCACGCCGCAGUACAUUGAGAACAUGGAGACAGUGUUUGAUCUGUGCCAGCAGUUUGAGGAAAAGAGGUUGAACUUCCUCAGGGAGGUGCUUCUGGAUCUCAAACGACACCUCCACCUUGCCGAGAGCCAAAGCUAUGCCACGGUUUACAGAGAACUGGAGCACACCAUCAGCUCAGCCAGCGCUCAAGAAGACCUCAAGUGGUUUAGCAAUGUCCACGGCCCUGGCAUGCACAUGAACUGGCCACGGUUUGAGGAGUUCAAUCCAGAUCUCAGUCACUCCAUCAAUAAGAAAGAGAAAGUGAAGAAUCAUGAUGGAGUGACUUUAACUCAAGUCACACACGGUGGAGAUCAGGGCACACUACACACUGGAGACCGGGGCAGCGUGAGCAGUUACGAGAAGAACCAGCAUUAUUCUGCAGAAUGGUCUGAUGACGAGCAACCUCCUGCUGCCCAACCUGCCAGCGAAACGAAUGGCGCCGCAAAUCAAUUCGAUGAAGAAAGUAAAGGAGUGCGAGUGAGAGCGCUGUACGACUAUGAUGGCCAAGAACAAGAUGAGCUCACCUUUAAAGCAGGAGUUGAACUCACCAAACUGGAAGACGAGGACGAGCAGGGUUGGUGUAAAGGGCGUUUGAAUAACGGUCAGGUUGGCUUGUACCCGGCUAACUACGUUGAGCCCAUUUAGUUGCCUUCUGCGGUGGAUAGUCUUUUGUGAAGAAGGCCUUAAAGACUUUUUUCCACACUGCUUGAAUCUGAGAUAUUAGAGCAACAAUUUCCUUGCCUGACUGAUUUUGCUUCAAGCUGUAUUUCCUUAAAUCCACAACAAGAAAUCUACAGUACCCAAAACACAUAAUUUCCCUCUUACCCCAGCAAGGGAACGGUUCUGUACGUCCAUGUAGCCAUGUUCAGUAUGAAUUAUUGUGCUGCUGACACAUGUACACGUAUGGUCUACUGUUACAAUAGUAAUGUCAUGAGUCAUGACGUCCAUGAAGCAUAGUAUAGCGAAAAUGAGCUAUGCAAUGUGUAUAUUAGACUUAUUUUGAAGUGUAGUGUUCAAUGCUAAAUCUACUAGUGGCCCCUUUUCCCAAGUAUAGGUCUCUGCAGAACAUUAAUGGGUGUUUUCAAAUCUGUGGGCAUUUUCAAACCGGUAUGGGUGUUUCUAAGCUCUCCAAUGAAAGUAGGGAAUCUCAGUGGUUUUCGUGUAUUUUUUAAAGUCAACAUGAAACGCAUUCGCAAGCCAUUUUUCUUAUGUACUGUAUAUGACAUAUUUUCCAAGUAAAACAUGGUAUCCAAAGAAAAAUAAAGGUAAGGGGGAAUUGAUUGGAUUGUGAAAAGCUGGCAUGGGGUAAUGCACAAUAAGACCAGUAACAUGUAUUAAAAAGUAAAUAGGGUACAUUUUUAUUUCAUGUUGACUUCAAUACAGAGACUGCUGUGGGAUGCAUAACAAAUUUUCCUUUUUUUCUUUUUUACACACAAAGAGCAAAUGAUUUUGUUAUGCCUCAAUACAAAUGUAAAUUAAAUGCACUUCUUCGAGUGUUUUCUAUACCUAUUUUAAAAUCCAUUUUAACAAAAUGUAAAGCCUUUGAACAAAUUUUAAAAUUUUAGGUGAGAGACUGUUCCAAUCAAUAACAAAACUUCUCCCUGGCUUGUAUUUUGUAAUAUCCCUUGUAAUAAAAUUCUAAAGGAAUGUUAAUGGAAUUUCUAUCAUAAUUUGAAAGGGGAUUAAGUAAGAGUCCCUUAAAAAUCUGACUGGAUAAACUGAAGAAUGAGAGAAAAAAAAAAUUCCUUUAGGACAUUUUGACUAAAGAAUUAGUUAUGAUUUUAUGACCGUUGAACUGUGGUUCAAAGUGAUAUCUGGACACAUGUAAAGCUAUUUAAAGUGUGUUCAAAUGCAUUUGAAUCCGUCAUUGCCUUUUGGUCUGUUAUAAGAUUGGGAAUGUCUUAACGUGCAACCCAUAACUGAUUCAGUUUGCAAACUGCUCAUUGUCAUUAUGAACUGUUUAUACUGUAUGUUUAGAACAGACUGAUAUGUUCUACUCAUGUCAUUGUAGCAAAUGUUCCAUUCAAGUUCACAAUAAAACUUAUGAAACCGAGACAAGUGCUGGAUGUUGACAAUGCAAAGCUUGGAGUCACCACUGGAGGUCAGCUUUGCAGAAGUCUCUUGCAGGUAGUUGACCACGUGAUGCAGUGACAGCUGGUGUGAUAUGCCAAGUAAAUUUGUUUUUUUUUUCCUCUCUUUUAGUGAUAUUUUUGCCAUUGUUUGCUUUUAUUAUAAGGAAACUGGAGAAGGAGACAGGAAAUUAUACACACAAAUUUUCUCAAACAAUAUGUACAUUUAAACCUCAAAUCUUAACAAUUAGAAAAGUUAUAGUGCUUUGUAAAGCUUUUAAAUACUGUUAGAGUGUGUUAGUGUUUACCUUUUGUCUAAAUCAGUAUUUUAGCCUAAACGGUUUAGCCUUUUUAUAUACAGGUGCAUCUCAAUAAAUUAGAAUGU